AUGUGGGCAUACCUGCAGCUGCAUGCCAAACACCUCUCCAAGUGCCAGCCCUGGUUUGUGAACUGGUUGAGACCCAGGGCGGCGGCCAUCCAGACAUUAGACGCCACAUUCUCAUCCGAUGACUCUCACAGGCUGGAGCUUCUGCUAUCUCUGUUGGGCAGGACACUGCAGGAUCUGCGGCUGCGGUCGGACACGACGGAUGUGGUGUUUGGCUCCAGCCACAUCAGCCAGCCGGUGCUGUCCCACCUGGCGUGCUGCCCGCGCCUCAAGCGCCUCACCGUGUCCUCCGCGGAGCUCAUGUCUGUGGACCUCGGCGCCUUGCGCUUUCUGGACCAGCUACAGGAAGUGAGCCUGACGUCCAAGUACGACAACACACACCACUGCCUGCCGGAGCCGCUGCUGUGCCUGGGGCAGCUGCGCGUGCUGCACAUCCGCUUUCCCUCCCUCACAUCCGUCCAGGACGCAAUCUCCAAGCUCACUGUCCUCGAACGCCUGCGCAUCGAAGGCCUCCAGGGCGGCCUCUCCAUCGAGCCCGGCCUGGGGCAGCUGGGCAGCCUGCGCAGCCUGGCGUUCAAGGAUUGCAGCUGGCUGGGGGACCUCAGCCCCAACGCGCCCUCCUGGUGCCCCAGCCUCUCCGGCCUCACCGCCCUCACCGAGCUCGUCUUCAACCACUGCCCCCAGCUCAACACCCUGCCCGAUGCGGUGUGCGAGUUGAGUGCGCUGAGGCGGCUUGUGGUGAGUACCGAGGCCGGCGCGUGGGGUGGAGAGCACGCACGACGACGCAGCACUGAUCUUCAGGUGCCAGACAAUUUGGGGCGGCUGACGAAUCUGCGCACGCUGAUCGUGGGCCUGAAGACGGUGAAGGCCAUUCCGGAGCCCAUCCUGCAGCUGACGGCCCUGGAGAGCCUGGCCAUCACCUUCUGCAAGCUGCAGCGCCUGCCCUGCGGCGUCGCGGCGAUGACUAAUCUGCGCACGCUCAGCCUGCAGGGCAACCCCGGCCUGGCGAUCCAAGAGAGCGAGGAGUGGGCAAAGAUGGGCAGCCUGGAAACGCUGACGCUGUCAGACAUCGCGAACCUAUCGCCCAACUCUUCUUUUCUGGCGAUUGCGCAGCUGCCCGCACUGAAGAAAGUCAGCCUGAAGGGUAGCAUGCCGGCUGACUCAAAGUCGUUCAAGACGCUGCUGCGGUUGUCCAAUGAGUUGGGAGCGCGCGGCAUCCCUGUCGAGUCCUAG